CUGAUGCGCUAAUCGCAAGUUUUAAAGACACUAGGGACGUGUCCUUGCUUCGCGUGAAAUAUUAUUUCAUUGUUGUUAAGUAUAAUUUUUUGAUAAUGUAAUUAUGUUGUUUUCUUUAUUUGUUAAAAAAUUAUUUGGUGUUUUUAUUGUGUUAUGUAGUAGUAGGUGAUAUAUUAAUAUAUUAUGUGUUUUUUCUUCAAUAAUAUGUUGUUGUGUGCAUAGUAGUAAUUGUUAAUAGUGAAGUUAGUUUCUAUAUUAAAUUUCAAUAAAUUUUAUGAAUUUGUUGAUUCUAAUAUUAAUGGUUUCGACUUCAAAAUUGUAUUUUAUAAUAUUUUGGAACAUUAUUCUUUUAAGUGUUUUGUGCCCUCUCUCCAUAUUUCGACUGUGAGCCGUCACCAUCUAUGUAUUUCGUUUCUCUUUCCGGUGUGCGGUGCUUCUCACCAUCACCAAAAAAGACUAACCUUCGUGCUCUUGUUCUUCCUCGCCUUUUUCUCCUGUGAGAUUAUCGAAUAUCUGUUGUAGAUCAGAUUUAUGAGUUCCCAGUUGUGCGGUUGUUUCUCAUGCGUUUUAGGCUGUUCAGGUCAAUAUUGGCACUCCUCUUCUUUGGAUUAUGUUAGGAGCUGCAUCCCCUUGGGUUGGAAAAAAGUUUAGUCUUCUUUGAUGUUGUCUUUCUGUCGUCGUUGGUUUGUCGUUGAUAGUCCUUGCUCGUCUUGAGUUUUAAGAUGUGGUUUUUGAUGAUCUGACUUCUAUGCUCUCUUUCAUAGCUUGAGGAUUGUUCUAUGGUUUGCUGAAUUUUUUUCGUUGAUGCAGCUUUCAUCACUGUUUGCAUCUUUGGUGGUUCUCCUUUUCGCUAUGUUUGCCAAUCCAAGUUUGGAUAGUGAUUUCCUUUGUGUAUGCUCAGUUGGCUUAGAUGGUUGUCUCUGGUGUUAAGCUUAGGCCUUGUUUCUCGGUGUUUACCUUCCAGUCUCCCUCUCUCAGCUUGUUUAUCUUGUUCCUCUCUUUUCCUUGGUAUGGGUAUGCCAAGUCAGUCUCUUGGAGCUUUGGUCCUUUAUAUCUAGAGCUGUGUGGUUUUUUGUUGGCAUGGACAUCUUGUCUAUGCUUGUUUAGUUUAUGAGAUGGUUCUUACCUUUUGGCUGCUGGUUGUGCUUCCAGUGAUUUAGGCAUAUAUUUCUUUGCUUCAAGGUGACUUUAGUCUUCCGGUGAUUAUUUUUCCUCUGGCGUUUUUCUUGGUUCUUUGUGUUAGUGUUUGAUUGUGCUUUUUUGUGUUCGGAGAUUGCUUUGUCUCAGAUUUUAUCUUUCGACCAUUCUCUAACUUAUGCUUGUUCUGGCCAAGAUACUCUAUGGUAAGUUGGUUUUGGUUCUCGAUCUCUUUUCAGCUUCAGACCUUUAUUGAGUUAGCGUUAUUAUGUCAUUUUAGUUUUCUUUAUGAUUGUGGAGGUUUUAGGGUUAGAUUAUGUGUUUGCUCUAGUUUAUUAUUCUUAUUUUGGUUAUUUUAUAAUUUUUAAUAGUAAAAAUAAAAAUAUAAUUUGUAAAUAAAAUACUGUAAAAUAGUAAAAAAUAAUAAUAUAAUGAAAGUUUAUGUUAUUUUUAGUUGAUAAUAAAUUAAAUAUUUAAAAUAUAUUUAUAUUAUUUUAUUUAUUUCUUUAUUCAUAUUGAAUUUCAAAUUACCAAUAAAAUAGAUGAUUAGAUUUUAUGUGGUGAUGAUUAGUGCAAGAAGGAUUAGAUAAUACACAAUUAGAAAAUGUUAAGCUAAAUUGCAAUAAUCUAAAAGAAAAAUGAUAUAAAAUGUAAAAAGAAAAAAUAUGAAAACACAUGUUAUCAAACCCAUUUUCCACAUGUGAAAAGAAGGAAAAAAUGUCUACUUUAUAUAUAUAGAUAGAUGGUAUACAUGUUAGAUUAUGGUUACUUUUUUCUCUUGUUGGAAUUCAAUCAAAUGCAUUUUCUAUGACAUCCGUGUGUUGCGUAGGUCUUUUACCUCUAUUUCUUUCGAUUUUAUCCCCACAAGUUGUAAUGUUGUUGAUGAUGGUUUACCAAGACAGCUUUGUUUGAAUCUUCUUUCUCUAUGAGGAUGAGUAACUCUAUAUGCUUUUGAAUUUAAAGUAAUGAAAGAUUUGAUACAAAAAAUAUAUAUAAUAUAGGAAAGAUUCAGAGUUUUCAGAUGUAUUUAAUUUUGAAAAUGUAAAUCUAAUGUCAAUAAGAUCAGCUGGGUUUAGAUUGCGAAAUUAUACUAUAGUUUGUUGUAUAGUACAUCUAGAAGUAAACGUACGUAACAAAUUCAGCUAGAGUUCUUUUUGUUUUUUGAACUAUCAGCUAGAGUUCUUUUAACGAACUAUAUGCAUUUUCGUUUCAACUUUCAAGCUACGCAAGGGCAAAUAUUUAUAUACCAAAUCCAAUAACGAAAUCCAUUAACAACUAUAUAUUGCUUCUUAAACAAGGGUUAACAAGUAUAUAUUGUUCUUAUUCUUUUAUAUGCAAAUUCUUUCUUUGAAUAUCAUCCCCACAAUUACUCUGCGAACGCCAUGACACAUCAUAUUAUCAUUACCUAAUCUUGAUUUUUGGUAUAAAUAUAUUGCUUAUUUAACUUAUUUGUUGAAUGACUCGUAUAUUGUAGACUAAUAGACUUGUCACACACUGUGAGAAAUAAUAUUUACAUAAAAUCGUGACGAAUGCAUAAAACUUUAGUUUUGUCAUGGCUCCUUUUCCCACAUGUAUAUAUAUACACAUACAAUAGACCGUAGAUAGCUACGAAAGAAAGAAUCAAAUCUUCAAUAAUCCUUAAUAAAAUUAGGGUUCUUAAGAAAAAAAUGGGAAGAUCACCGUGUUGCGAUCAAGACAAAGACGUGAAGAAAGGACCGUGGAUGCCCGAAGAAGAUGAUAAGCUCAGGGCUUAUAUAAAUAAGAAGGGUUAUGGGAAUUGGCGGUCGCUUCCAAAGCUCGCUGGACUUAACUGCUGCGGUAAGAGCUGUCGUCUCCGGUGGAUGAAUUAUCUCCGGCCUGAUAUCCGGCGAGGCGAGUUCUCCGACGAAGAAGAGAGUAAUAUCGUUAGACUCCAUGCCCUUCUUGGCAACAAAUGGUCGAAGAUUGCGAGUCAUCUACCAGGAAGAACAGAUAACGAAAUAAAAAACUAUUGGAACACUCAUAUGAGGAAGAAGAUGUUGCAAAUGAGGAUUGAUCCAACCACGCACGAGCCAAGAACCAACGAUCUUACCCCUAUACUCGACGUUUCUCAAAUGCUUGCGGCGGCUUUUAGUAAUGGGCAAUUUGGUAACAGUAACCUCUUCAACAACAACACUGCUUUGGAAAAUCAUCUCAAACUCCAAUUAAUCCAUAAAAUGCUUCAAAUGAUAACCCCCAAAGCCGUACCAAACAUCAAUAGCUUCUGUACCAACUCAUUGAUUCCUAAACAUGAGCCUGUAGUCAAUGAUUUCAAUACAAAUUCAGUGAAUCCUAAACCGGAGCCGGGGGCUGGACAACUGAAUGCUAUUGGUGGUCAACAGGUUUUCAUAAACAAAAGUGACAAUGAAGAUUUCAUGCCAUCUUUUGGACAUGACUGGGAUGGUUUUGAAGAUAACCAGCUUCCUGGUUUGGUUACGGUUUCUCAGGAGAAUCUGAAAUCAGCUAAACCAGGUACCAAUACUACCACUGAGGUAAAUUAUAAAACCGGACCCGACAUGAUGCCGGGUUAUUGUGGUGAUCAAUUACGUGAAAUCCCAUCUACUGGUUUGAUAUCGGUUUCUCCUGAAACAUCCGGUUUAAAAUAUCGUGGUACGACUCAACACUCAUCAGCUUCAGAUGUCCUAGAGGACUGGGAGAAGUUCCUUGAUGAUGAAACAAGUGACUCUUGCUGGAAAAGUUUCUUAGAGUAAGAAUUUUUUCUCCAGAUUUAUUUUUAAUAUAUGCUAUUUAG